AAGCAUGCUGCAUGCUUGUAAAUUACAGUAAAGGCUGAAAAUAUCUAGAUCUUACUGUAAAUAUGGCUUAUUGUACUCGCCAAAGAAGAAAUCGAAGCAUUUUUAAGGCCAUUAUAAACCGUCAAAUUUAUGGUGCCAAUGUGCUGCAAGAUAUUCGUACGAUCAGGACAAUGAUCGAAUCUGGUAGAACGUUCAAAAAAGUGUAUGAAAUGUGUUCAAAAUCGCCAAUAGUUUAUGAAGGAGACAGGCUGUAUAUUAAUUCGUUCGCGACUUGUUACGAUUUAACUUACGUGAAAAGAACGCCACGGAUCGUGUACAGUUUACAGCGGCGACCUCUGAUCGUAACAACCAAACGUAAGAUUGAAGAGUUGCUUGUUUUCGAGUGUCCAUUGGAUCAAACAACGUUUUCUAAAGUUCAAGGGACCUUUUACGCAAACGGUCCGUAUUCUGUUGGCGUAACUGCAGAUAAUUAUUUGAAAGUUUUUGACUUCAAAACUGGUGAGAGUUUCGAGCAAGUUUAUUUGUUCCCAGGACGUAAGUUUAAGUAUUUAUACUGGGAAACAGAUCUUGAGAGGCUUGUGGUGCAAUCUACUCUAUUACCACAAAAUUCAACUGCGCAUGUCAUGCAACGUGUUCCAGCACAAACUAACCAAGUUUUGUUAUAUAUUGCAAUUUUUACUGCCACCCCUUUAGAGUUCAUCUGCAUGCUACCGAUAUCGCACAAAAUUUUUGGUACAGACGUGUGCAAUGCCAAUGUACGAAACGGUUUGCUAAUAGUUAUGUAUCGAAGGCGAAAGCUACAAUUUUUCAAUCUUGAAGAUAUUAUAAAGAAUCGCACAAUUCCGUUAAAACUUGGAGAAAGUUUACAACCGAGGAAUAACCUAUGUUUGCCAGAACUAGAUGAGUUUACUAGUGGUGUUGUUGGAAUAGCACCCCUAGGCCUACCUGUCAAUGUUACUUUGUUGGAAAAACCUUCUGUAUUGUUUGAAGUGGUGAGCAGUCAUCAUGACCUGAGUCUUGGUGGAUAUCCGUGGCAUUAUAUUGCAAAUAACGAUCAAGUAUUUCAUGUAAGGUCAGUCAAGGAUCACGUUUUGGCAGAAAAUGGUACCCUCAACAACGAUGAUAACUUGUCUCUUGGUACAGAGAAAGCAAUUUUUCACUCAGAUUUAAGUGGACGGAUACUAUAUAUUGCACUGUCUUAUCUACGGUAAGUAUACAAUUGAGUUGUUCCAGAAACAAUCCAUACUCCCCCCACACAGGAAAUUUCUGCUGUCUUGAGGGGGAGUGGAGAAAAUCUGUAUCUGAUAAUAGUUAGUGUACGUAUUGGGACAUCCGAAGGGGGUAGGGGAGUAACUUCCAAUUUCCUCCAUGGGAAAGGUAUGGAUGUUUUCUGGAAUUACCCAGUAUGAUAUGGAUAUUGCAUACCCACAAGGAUUAUAAAACUGUUUAUUAACCCCAUAGAUAGUUGUAAACAAUGGUAUUUGUAAUAAGUUCUUUGAAUGUUUGCAUGGCGAUAAAAUAUAAUUGUUUUUGGAAACACCAUGUAAAUUUAUUACUGCAAAGCUUUCGAUCCGUAAGCCCGGAUCUUCAUCAGUGCUAAUAAUAUGUACAAAUUUACGUGGUGUUUCCACAAACAAAAACAAUUAAUGGUAUUUGAAUUCAGUCACUUUGAAAUAAUAGCUAAACAACUGACAAAACUAUAAAUUUAUUAUCUGCCCUAAAUUUCUUUGCUUUACAAAACAAUAUAUAAUAUUGCUCUUUUUUUCUUCAUGUUUAUAGUUGCCUAAAGUUUGGUCCUGGUAGCUCAGAAUCAGGAAUUAAAACACACAAGUUACACGAGCAAUUUAUCUUGGACUAUCGUCUCCCGACAAAGGUGUCAAGCACUGUUCAUACAAAAUCUGGUCGGAAGGUGAAACAACUGUUCAACAGUAACCGUAUGUACCUGGAAAUUAUCCAGGAUAUUGAUUAUGAUGAUGAGCUUGAUCUGCUUGUUGUACUCUACCUCAAUCAAACCAGAAGAGGAGAGGGUAUUGUUGGUUUCUAUGACAACCAAACUGGGCAACAAGUGCAUAGUUUAAGCAUUGAUGAUAUCAAUGAAGAACAUGAACAUUCAAUUGCAAUCAACAGAAAUAUAUUGGUUAUUAUUUCAAAGCAUGUAUAUGAUUUUAGAUGUUUAGUUUAUCAUCUGGAUCAUGCAAAGACAAUCUGAAUGUUCAAUAUGUUCAGCGAGUUAAAGUCUUCUAAUAACUACUCACAAUAUUUCAUAGUUGCGUACACGCAAAUACACCUGUAAAAACUUGAAUAAGUCCACAAAACAUUCCGUUGUUACAGUAGAAAUGAAGAUUUCUAGGUAACUUCUAUAUUUGUGAAUAAUUUCAUUGCUAUUAAAUUUAGGGGUAAACAACUAUUCAUAUUAAGUAAAUUGUAAACUAAACCAACAAAUUUCUUCUAUACAUGUAAUAGUAAUAUACAAGACCAAACAAUGUUCCUGCUACAUGUCCUGCAUAUCCUAUUAUAUUUCCAGUUUGUGUGAUCAGCUGGUCAAAAAACCCAUUUUCUGUCAAGAAAGAGCUAACAAGAGCCACAGCAUCAUUAGAAAACAAUCGAAGUGUAAAAACAAUGUUCAUCACAUCAGAAAAAAAGUAGACGUCAAGUUCAAAAUUCUGGUUGGUGUGACAUUCCUGUAAUCGUCUAACUAUUCUUUCUGCUGAACAACAUGCUCCGAAAGACAAAAUGGCAUUAACGCCUGCACUUGAGCCAUAACAUGAAAUCCCAUAGUUUAAAGUAUCAGGGUUUAUAAUCAGUUUCUUCGGACAUGUGUCCUCGGACCAUAUCUUUAUAAUUAUAUUGUUUGCUGAACUUGGUAACAGCUGCAGGUCUUGUGCAACAGUCUUCGUAAAAAUACUUCGCUGCAGUAGAUAAUACACCCACAUUCCUAGGUUGCCGAAGAACCCUCCACCAGUAAAAAUGGCAAGAAAAUGUCGUCGUCCAACCUUUUUAUGCACAGGCUGUCCGGCUGCUGUUAGAACUACCAUAUUCUGCAGCAGAUGUUGGAGAUCUGUAAAACAUCAUAAAUUCAUAAGGUUAUUCUGCAAGUGGGGUGCAGAGUUAAAAAUGCUUAAGAAGG